UGUCGCGCACCAGUAUAGAAAGCGGCAUGGGAGCUCGCCAGGGCAGGUGGGCGUUCACACUGCCGCCCGAGUUGUUGGUCGGGAUCGCUGCGGACGGUGCAUCCCCCGCCAAUUAGCGGCAAUCAUUGGCGGGAGCUACGGGUAGCCACGUCACACCCGCCCCGCCGCUGAGUAGGCUCUGGCAGGGUAUUUGAAUCAGUCUGGCUGGGGUCGGGAUCGGCGACAGUGUCGCGGUCGGGUCACGCCCUUGAUUACAUCGAGGGCGUCUGGCGGCCUUAUGGCGCGCCGAGUCUCGCUCCCCGGCCUCCUCCUAGCAGGAAGGGACAGCCCCCGGGUUCCUGCGUGCGACGUACGGAACAGGAUGAAUGGCAGUAUUUAUUGUAAUAUGAAUGUGAAAAAUAUUACAAAUAUUAAUAAGAUUAAUAGUAUUAAUAUUACUACUAAUAGUAAUAUUAAUAAUGAUCAUGAACAGGCCAUCAAGGGCCUCUUCGAUCGGUCGAUGACGUCACGAGAACGACAGCUGGCGCUCCAGCUGACUGAUCCUCGCGGGCCGGGCGCCACGUGUCAGUCCCUCCGUGCGACACGGCAUCAGGGUGGCCGAAAGGACGUUGAACGCGGCAAUUCCGCCACUACGAGAUUUGGCGCGAAGUCGUCGCGUAAUCUUUCGUCAAGGCCAUGGAGACAGUUUCCUGCCAUUCUGUCCGUUGCGCCACGGCGCCUAAGAGUCGUCUCUGAGCAGAUAUCGCUUGGCGGGAAACGGCUAACUGCAGAUGAAGCGAGCCACGGGCGUAGCGAUGGUCAAUGGCAGCAUUAUCCGGAUCUGGAUUGGUCAGUCAGAAGGUUGGAGCUGAUGCAGGCAUGUCAAGCCCGACAGAACAGGGGCUGGCAUAUUCCUCAUGGAGUUCGAGACGCCGAGCGUGUAAUUGAUCGAGAGUGGCAAAGAGGGAAGAGGAUCGUGGUGGAACACGUGGUGCUGCUUAAGAUGAAGGACAAUCUGUCAGAGGAAGAGGAGAAAGAUAUGCUUGAUCAUGUCUUUACAUUGCAGUAUAUGAUACGUUCAAUUCUUGCGGCGCUUUCGGAUUACUACGCCAAUCCGUCUCUGACGUCUGUCUCCGAGAAGUACGUCAGCCCUCAUUGCGAAGAUAUGUUGGUUCUGGACUUUGAGGCGGAAGUGGACGAUGAUAUUGAGCCUGUGUUUAGACGAGGCGAGGAACUUUGCGCCAGCAAGUUUGAGUCAUGGGUAUACUCAUGGCGUGGUCGCCAGAUUCCCCUCAGACAGGCGGAGGAGCAGGAGAAGGAAGAGGUGGAGGAGGAUGGGGAGGAGGGGGAGGAGAAAGAGGGGGAGGAGGAGGAGGAGGAGGAGGAGGAGGAAGAGGGGGAGGAGGAGGAGGAGGAGUGAUUGGGUGCAUUGUGUGUUCGUGGUAUCUCUACCUACCAUGUUUUGCCGAAUAGAUAAUAGAACACAUAUCUCUCACGGAGUCUCACCUGCGUAGAGCACAGCAAACUUAAGGCACUUAGACACCAAACCGUGCACGAGAUUUACCUGCAUCAUCAGGCUGCAUGUGUGUUUUAUUUAUUUUUAACUUCCGUGCAUAGACGGAGGGGAAGCAACAGCUCUCUCUCACCUACGUAGAACACUCGACACACCAUGCGCAUGAUUUUUUUUUAACUGCUGGCCCAGUGCUGGGUAGUUUUUGAACUUUAAAGUUUAAAGUUCGAUCACAUUUUGCUAGUCAGGUAUAGGUCCGUUCCUUACGAAUGCCCAUGUGUUCCAUUUGACAGGAGACAGUUUGCUUGGCGAUACACGGAGGGGGAGUAUAUAUUCCUCACAAACGCCAAUGUCGGUUAUAUUUUAACUGCUGGCCCAGUGCUAGUCAGGUAUUCACAAACGCAAAUGCCGGUUACUUGUAUGACCACCGUCAGAAGACAUCCAUAUUUUUCUCCAUGAAGGUGGUUCAUUUCCUUGUGACUGAUGUAUGAUGCAGAUCUCAGGUCGGUACAAAGGAGUCGCCAUUGUGAUGA